UCCUUAUCAGAAGAAAUGUGACGUAAUACAAAUUUUAGUCUUUUUCUUGUUUGAACAAUAGGAACAAGAUCUCAUCAGCUGUACAACAAAGUCAAUAAAUUCCUGCGUGUAUGCACUUCUCAAUUCAAACCCUACAUAUUUUGCCAUCUUAACUUGAAAACCUGAAACCAUUCUCUUUCUUAUCAUUUCAAUGCACACACAAACAUGAAGUUGCAGAUUUCUUCUUCUUCUUCUUCUUCAGGAUUUACUUCCCACUUCUUCUUCUGCUUCAUCUUUAUCUUCUUAUUAGAAUUUCACGGCUCUAUUGCUCAAACUGCUGUCACUGACCCUAAUGAAGUGAGGGCAUUGAACUCAAUAUUUCAACAAUGGGAUGCAGAGGCAGCAUCAGGAGUGUGGAACAUAAGUGGAGAGCCAUGCAGUGGAGCUGCCAUCAAUGCAACAAACUUGGAAGACUAUAAUCCUGCUAUCAAAUGUGACUGUUCUUAUGAUAAUGGUUCAACCUGCCAUAUCACUGAGCUGAGAGUAUUUGCACUGGACAUAACAGGAGUAAUUCCAGAAGAACUGGUGGCUUUGCAAUUUCUGACAAAUUUUAGAAUUAAUCGAAAUUACUUCACUGGUGCUUUGCCUGCAUUUAUUGGAAAUCUAUCUCAAUUGAAGUCUUUAGAGGUUGGCCACAAUGCACUUUCUGGGCCUCUCCCAAAGGAGCUUGGAAACCUGAAGGACUUAACUUUUCUGGCUAUAGGUUCCAACAAUUUCUCUGGAGCACUUCCUGCUGAACUGGGUAACUUGGUCAAACUAGAGGAAAUUUACAUUGAUAGUUCUGGAGUGACUGGGGAGAUUCCCUCAACACUUGCUAAUCUCCAAAAUAUGCGAAUUCUGUGGGCAUAUGAUUGUUCUUUAACAGGCAAAAUACCGGAUUUCAUUGGAAACUGGACCAAGCUUACAUCGCUGAGAUUUGGAGGAAACUCUUUUGAAGGUCCUAUACCAUCCAGUUUUUCUGACUUGACCUCAUUGGCCACUUUACAAAUUACAGAUAUAAAUAAUGUGAGCUCAUCGCUUGAUUUCAUUGAAAAUAUGAAGAACUUAACUGAUUUAUCUUUAAGAAAUGCUCUGAUCAAUGGUAGCAUUCCAGCUAACAUCGGAGAAUAUAAAAAAUUACAAACUCUGGAUUUGAGUUUCAACAACUUAAUCGGUCAAAUCCCAAGUGCUUUGUUCAGUAUUGAUUCUCUUACUCACUUGUUUCUAGGAAAUAAUAGUCUGUCAGGAACCCUUCCGCAGCAAAAAGCUGUGUAUCUUCAAAACAUAGAUUUAUCUUACAAUUAUCUAUCAGGAUCUUUUCCCUCAUGGAUAACUGCAGGUUCACAACAACUGAAUUUAGUGGCCAACAAUUUCGCAUUUGAUGACUCAAACAGCAGUAUUAUCCCUGGAUUGAACUGUCUGCAGAGGAACUUCCCCUGCAAUAAGAAUAGUCCACAAUAUUCAAGUUUUGCAAUCAAGUGUGGUGGUGAAGAAAUGAAAGUUGAUAAAAUAGUGUAUGAGGCUGACACCUAUAAUACUGGUGGGGCUUCUUUUAAUGUACUUGGUACAGAAAAAUGGGCAAUUAGUGAUGUGGGUUUAUAUGCUGAUGGACAAUUUAACACACAUGUACAAAAUACUGGCUCGCAAGUGACUGGCACUGCAACCCCGAAGCUUUAUCAGUCUUCAAGGCAAUCCCCAGGAUCACUUAGAUACUAUGGACUUAGUCUGGAGAAUGGACCUUACAAUGUGAGCUUGUCCUUUGCUGAGACAGUUUUUGGUGAUCAAGGCUCACACAAGUGGACAAGUCUCGGAAGACGUGUUUUUGAUAUCUAUAUUCAGGGAACUCGUGAGUUAGAAGAUUUUGACAUAUCAAAGGAAGCAGGUGGGGAAAGGAAAGCAAUUAUAAAGAAUUUUAAUGCUAAUGUGUCAGAGAACUAUCUUGAAAUUCACUUAUUUUGGGCUGGUAAAGGGACUUGUUGCAUACCUGAUCGAGGUAGUUAUGGGCCAUUAAUUUCAGCUCUUAGUGUCAUUCCAGAUUUCAAACCAAGUGUUGGUAUUGCACAUAAGAAGAACCAGACUGGGCUCAUUGUUGGUAUUGUAGUAGCUCUCGGAAUUUUAGGCUUCAUAUUGAUGUUUUUAACGUUCUACAUGAGAACAAAAAGAGACAAUGACGAUGUGGAAGUGCUACUUGGAAUGGGACCUAAACCUAAAAUUUUCAGUUACACUGAGUUGAGAUCUGCAACAAAAGACUUUGACCCUACAAAUAAGCUUGGUGAGGGAGGAUUUGGACCUGUGUACAAGGGUACACUUUCUGAUAGAAGGGUGAUAGCUGUGAAGCAACUUUCGCUUGGAUCCCACCAAGGGAAGAAUCAGUUUGUUAAUGAGAUUGCUACCAUAACUGCAGUGCAACAUCGCAAUCUUGUGAAAUUAUAUGGCUGCUGCAUCGAGGGAACUAAGUGCCUCCUUGUUUAUGAGUAUCUUGAAAACAGAAGCCUUGAUCAAGUGUUGUUUGGAAGAAGGGACAUGCAUCUAGAUUGGCCUACCCGGUUCAAUAUAUGCCUAGGAACUGCAAGAGGUCUAACAUAUCUUCAUGAGGAUUCUAGGCCAAAAAUUGUGCAUCGGGACGUCAAAGCAAGUAAUAUUUUACUUGAUGCGGAACUCUGCCCGAAGAUAUCAGAUUUUGGAUUGGCAAAGCUAUAUGAUGACACAAAAACUCACAUCAGCACUAGAGUUGCAGGCACCAUUGGCUAUCUGGCACCGGAGUAUGCAAUGCGUGGACACCUGACAGAAAAGGCUGAUGUAUUCAGUUUUGGUGUUGUUGCUUUGGAGAUUGUCAGUGGAAGAGCAAAUUCUGAUACUAGCUUGGAUAGGGAACAGAUUUAUCUUCUUGAAUGGGCCUGGAGUCUGCAUGAAAGUAACCAAAGUUUGGCACUGAUAGAUCCCAGAUUAACAGAGUUCAAUGAAAUCGAAGCUCUUCGAGUAAUCAGAGUUGCACUUUUGUGCACUCAAGCAUCACCAAUAUUGCGGCCACCAAUGUCACGUGUCGUGAGUAUGCUUUCUGGGGACGUCGAUGUGGAAACUGUUACUUCAAAGCCAAGUUAUUUGACAGAUUGGGAUUAUAAGGACAUAACAAACAGUCUUUUGAGCAAAGAUAGUGCUACAUCUUCAUCUACAAGAAGUUACAGCAGAAAGAAGAGCCAAUGUGACAGUGCAACUGAUCUUAGCCCCGGAGUUGAUCCGUUGCUCUCUCUAGAAGAUCCCACUCAGUUCAGUGACAUUAUAACAGAGGGGAGGUGAGAAAUUUCUACGCUUCCUGAAACUAGUCAACUUUUUGAUUGAUAUCCUCCAAGCUAUAGUAGGACUUGUAGUGUUGUGAAGCUGUAGUAUGAUGAAUUUGAUGGCCAUCAUACUGGAUGUAAAGUUAGAAAAGUUUCUAAUAUAUCAGUUGGGGCAAGGGAAUCGUCAAGUGGAAGCAGAAAAUCCAACCCCAAUUUUAAACAGUAAUACUAUAUGCACUAAUUGUCGAUACAAAUAUGAGUAUAAACGUUGAUGUGUCAUCAUGUGAUUAGGUAUUAUUUUAUCUUUAAUUCAAUUUCACCUAAUCAAAUAUGAUAUGUUAGCGUUUAUGCCGGUGUCUAUAUACAUUAUUAGUGCAUAAAGCAUUAUUUUAGUUUUUAGUGUAUGGGAUUUUAAUCCACUGACUAGAUUAUAGGGUGUUGGUGGUUAAGAUGCAGAACAAUUUGUUUAUUAUUGUCCAUAAAUGUGCUUUCAGUAGAUUAUUGGGUGUUGGUGGUGAAGAUCCUGAACAAUUUGUAUAUGAUUGUCUAUAAAUGUGCUGGGAUUGAAUUGUUUUUGGACAAACUUUCCCUGUGAUAAAAAAUGCUCUGUUCUAUAA